AAAAUCCAUCUGAUAUCGAAUUGGUUAGACAACGAUAUAAUUUGAUUCAAGAAAAGAAGAAGUAUAUUGAAUCUGUUAAGGAGAUAUUUGAAUACGGAAUUAUACUAUAUGAGAAAGAACUUGAAAAUGACCAUUUUACAAAUCGUUUUGAACAACUAAUGAAGCCAAUUAUAAGAAAAAUUAGUACUUGCCAAGCAGCUCAAAAUGCGCAUCAACAACAAUCUACUUGGAAAGCACCUAAAAAAUUAAAAAUAGCCA